UGGCCCGCGACAAUGUGGUCCUGAGGCCGCGGGCGCCUGGAGCUGCAGCACGGCGACCCCAGCCGACCCCCUGCUGCCGGGGCCCCACCAUGUUCUCCAGGAAGAAGCGCGAGCUCAUGAAAACCCCCUCCAUCUCCAAGAAGAACCGCGCGGGGAGUCCCAGCCCGCAGCCCUCGGGGGAGCUGCCCAGGAAAGAUGGAGCUGACACGGCGGCCCCAGGACCUGGCCUGGAGCUGCCAGCCACAGCCUCGAGUGCCAAGGCUACAGGCACCCUCAAGCGGCCCACCAGCCUGAGUCGCCACACCAGUGCCUCCGGCUUCCCGCUCUCUGGCCCCGGCUCCUGGACACUGGGCCGGAGCCACCGCAGCCCACUGACAGCUGCCAGCCCUGGUGAGCUGAGCACGGAGGGGCCCGGCCCUGACGCCGUUGAGGACAUCUCCCAUCUGCUGGCAGACGUGGCCCGCUUUGCCGAGGGCCUCGAGAAGCUCAAGGAGUGUGUUCUGCACGAUGAGCUGCUGGAGACCCGCCGGCCGCUGGCCCAUGAGUGCCUGGGCGAGGCCCUACGUGUCAUGCGCCAGGUCAUCUCCAAGUACCCGCUGCUGAACACCGUGGAGACGCUCACAGCAGCUGGCAACCUCAUUGCCAAGGUCAAAGCCUUCCAUUAUGAGUGCAACAAUGAAUCGGACAAGCAGGAGUUUGAGAAGGCCCUGGAGACCAUCGCCGUCUCCUUCAGCAGCACCGUGUCCGAGUUCCUCAUGGGCGAAGUGGACAGCAGCACGCUCCUGUCGGUGCCCCCGGGGGACCUGAGCCAGUCGGUGGAGAACCUGUACGGACCGGCGAGCGAGGGCGCCCUGCCCAGCGUGGAGGAGUGCGACGGCGGCUGCCCGGCCCCCGAGGAGGUGGACAUGCUGCUGCAGCGCUGCGAGGGCGGCGUGGACGCGGCGCUGCGCUACGCCAAGGACAUGGCCAAGUACCUGAAGGGCCUCACCGCCUACCUGGAGAAGCGCACGGUGCUGGAGCUGGAGUUCGCCAAAGGCCUCCAGAAGAUCGUGCACAACUGCAGACCCAGCGUCACCCAGGAGCCCCACAUGCCCCUGCUGUCCAUCUACGCGCUGGCCCUGGAGCAGGACCUCGAGUUCGGCCACGGCAUGGUGCAGGCGGCCAGCACGCUGCAGAACCAGACCUUCCUGCAGCCCCUGACCCUGCGGCGGCUGGAGCACGAGAAGCGCAGGAAGGAGAUCAAGGAGUCCUGGCACCGCGCCCAGAGGAAGCUGCAAGACGCGGAGGCGAACCUGCGCAAGGCCAAGCAGGCCUACACGCAGCGCUGCGAGGACCACGACAAGGCGCGCUUCCUGGCGGCCAAGGCCGAGGAGGAGCAGGCGGGCGCGGGGCCCGGGGCCGGCGGGGCGGCCUCCAAGGCGCUGGACAAGCGGCGGCGGCUGGAGGAGGAGGCCAAGAACAAGGCGGAGGAGGCCAUGGCCACGUACCGCACCUGCGUGGCGGACGCCAAGACGCAGAAGCAGGAGCUGGAGGACACCAAGGUGACGGCGCUGCGGCAGAUCCAGGAGGUCAUCCGGCAGAGCGACCAGACGGUGAAGUCGGCCACCAUCUCCUACUACCAGCUGAUGCACAUGCAGACGGCGCCGCUGCCCGUGCACUUCCAGAUGCUGUGCGAGAGCAGCAAGCUCUACGACCCCGGCCAGCAGUACGCCUCGCACGUGCGCCAGCUGCAGCGCGGCGACGAGCCCGACGUGCGCUACGACUUCGAGCCCCACGUGCCCACCGGCGCCUGGUCCCCGGUCCUGCGCACCCGGAAAGGCAGCUUCAACGUGGGCGAUGGGGUGGGGGCCGAGGCUGCCGGGAGCCCCCCGGAGGCAGGGGGGCCUGGCGAUGGGGUGCUGGCCAAGGAGCGGCGGGGGCGCGGCCACCAGGUGCACAAGUCCUGGCCCAUCGCCAUGGUGGACUCGGACCUCAGCCUGGAGCCCAGCGCCGGCGCAGGGGCCUUCCAGAUGGCGCGGACGGCGUCCAGUGGCACCGUGUCGUCCAGCGAGGAGCUGGCAGAGGAGGCCACGGCAGAGACGUCAGCCUUCGUGCAGGCCGACCUGGACAGCAUGGGCCCCGAGCUUCGGGUGGCCGUGCCCAGCGGGCCGUUCCGCCACAUGGGGCUGUCCAAGGCCGCCCGGACCCACCGGCUGCGCAAGCUCCGCACGCCUGCCAAGUGCCGCGAGUGCAGCAGCUACGUGUACUUCCAGGGCGCCGAGUGUGAGGAGUGCUGCCUCGCCUGCCACAAGAAGUGCCUGGAGACGCUGGCCAUCCAGUGCGGCCACAAGAAGCUGCAGGGCCGGCUGCAGCUCUUUGGCCAGGACUUCGGGCAGGCGGCCCGCAGCAGCCCCGACGGCGUGCCCCUGGUGGUCAGGAAGUGCGUCUCUGAGGUCGAGCGGCGGGCGCUGCGCACCAAGGGAAUCUACCGGGUCAAUGGGGUGAAGACGCGGGUGGAGAAGCUCUGCCAGGCCUUCGAGAGCGGCCAGGAGCUCGUGGAGCUGUCCCAGGCCUCGCCCCACGACAUCAGCAACGUCCUCAAGCUCUACCUGCGCCAGCUCCCGGAGCCCCUCAUCUCCUUCCGCUUCUACCCCGAGCUCAUGGGGCUGGCCAAGGAGAGCCUCAAGGCCGAGGCUGAGGCCAAGGCGGCGUCCCGAGGCCGGCUGGCCGGGGCCGAGAGUGAGGCGGUGCCCACGGGCAUGGUGGGCCGGCUGCGGGAGCUCCUGCGCGACCUGCCGCCCGAGAACCGGGCCACCCUGCAGUACCUGCUGCGGCACCUGCGCAGGGUCGCACAGGGGGAGCAGGACAACAAGAUGUCACCGGGGAACCUGGGCAUCGUGUUUGGGCCCACGCUGCUGCGGCCGCGGCCCACGGAGGCCACCGUCUCGCUCUCGUCGCUGGUGGACUACCCCCACCAGGCCCGCGUCAUCGAGACCCUCAUCAGCCACUACGGCCUGGUCUUCGGGGAGGAGCCUGAGGAGACGGCCGGCGGCCAGGAGGGGCCCGGCACCCAGCGGGUGGAGGUGGUGGUCCAGGUGCCAUACCUGGAGAGUGAGGGGGCCGCGUGCACCCCGCAGGAGGAGACCGAGGAGGACGGGCCCCGAGAGUCUCAGCUCCCGUCCAACGACUCUGACUCGGAGCUGGAAGAGGCCUCGGAGCUGCUGUCACCUGACGGCACCAGCCCCCUGCGCCGCCUCAGCUUCCUGGAGAUGCAGGCUAGCGAGGGCAGCCUGGAGGAGGAGGUCCCGGCCGAGCCGCUCGCCGGCCUCGACGCCAACCCGUCCAGCAGCUCCCCAGGGCUCCCCGGCCGGGAGAGGCAGCUAGAGACCGUCUGAUCGGGGGCCACGGGCAUCCACCCUCUGGACUGUCCUCGGGCCAGGCCUGGCCACGCUUGUCACCAGGGGCUCACAGGCUGCAGGGACCCCCCCCCGCUGGCAGCCUGCAUUCAGGUCCGCACGGCCGGUGAGGGCAACGCUGCCUCCGCCUGGUCCGGCCGAGCUGCAGGAGCUCUGCCCCCCGCCAAGCGUCCCACCUUCCCUUCCCCAAGCCUCUGGGCCCCGCAGGCUCCGGCGCAGCUUCGGGGCCCCCUCCCCUUUCCAGAAAUGCGGGUGUGGACACCUGGGUGCAGGUACCCAGCAAGGGCUCCCGCCAGCCACACUGUAACUCUCUGACACGCAUGUUUAUCUCGCUUGGAAUAAAGUUUUUCAUCUGA